AUGAGUGGCACACUAGACCCCACGCUGCAGUACGAAGUCAUCGAGCGCAUUGGUGGUGGUGCGUUCGGGGAGGUUUUCAAGGGGCGCAACAAACAGACGGACGAGGUGGUGGCCAUCAAGAUCAUCGACCUCGAGUCUGCAGCUGAUGGGAUCGAGGACGUGCAGCAGGAGAUCCACGUUCUAUCCCAGUGUUCGUGCGACCAGCUGACGACGUACUCGGGCUCGUUCAUUGCGGGGACGAAGCUGUGGAUCGUCAUGGAGUUUCUGUCAGGCGGUUCCGUGCUGGACAUCAUGCGGAAUGGACCUCUAGAUGAAGUCUUCAUUGCCAUUAUCCUGCGUGAACUGCUGAAGGGUCUGGAGUACUUGCACUUGGAAAAGAAGAUUCACCGCGACGUUAAAGCUGCAAACGUGCUGUUGAGUGGAGAUGGUCACGUAAAGCUUGCGGAUUUCGGCGUCACCGGGCAAAUUACAGAGACGAUGACGAAGCGUAACACGGCAGUUGGCACUCCGUUUUGGAUGGCACCUGAAGUCAUCCAAGAGUCGGAAUACGAUUUUAAAGCAGAUAUUUGGUCGUUGGGUAUCACCGCGAUUGAGAUGGCGAAAGGUGCACCUCCGCUGGCUGACAUCCACCCGAUGAAAGUACUGUUUAUGAUUCCGACAAUGGACCCGCCUGUGCUAGACGGUAGUUUCUCGCCUCACUUCGCCGAUUUUGUGUCUUGUUGCUUGCAAAGGGCCCCACAGGAUCGACCGACUGCGUCCGAGCUACUUCAGCACCCGUUCAUUGGCUCGGCGGGACUUACUUCUCAUCUCACCAAACUUCUAGAACGAGAUGUAUUCGUUAAGAUGAAGCACGACCGAGAAGGCGAGCAAGAUGGCGGCGUCUACAACGACCGCGUCGAGAACGGAUUAUGCGGCAACACAAUGAAGGACUACAUUCAUCCUUUGAGUGAAGGUCAUAAUGACACGUUGCCAGCGACACACGCUCACCGUGACAGCGGCAAGGGCCAUGUUCGAGAUGUGUCGGUGGGCAGCGCGUGGGAUUUCAAUACAGUCCGUUUAUCAUCGGCAAGUCUUCACCGGGAGCUGAAAGCUCAAGCGGAAGUUGCAACCACCACAGAAGCUGCAAAAGUCACCUGCAGCGACCAAGAGGUUGAUAGUAUGCUCAGUAGUGAGCACAACCAUGCAGCGAUCGACGCGAUAGCAGCUGGUCCAGACUCAAUUCAUGAAGCAGAGGACCAAGACGAAGAAAGCGAGGAAGAUCACGCGUUUAACGACAUCGUAAAGCCUGCAAUCAGUGCAGUGCUGGAGCAUGUCCUUCAUCUGCCUAAUACCGGAAGUUUGUCGCCGACUGCUACAGAGGUACAGGAAGAUCUUCUCUUCGAGCUGCUGCACGUGUUUGACAGUGUCAGUCAACAGAAAGGCCUGCUGCGGCAAGUGUUGCGGAAAUUGGCCGACUACACCAAUGCGAGUAUGCCUGCUUCCUCCUGUACACACGCAACCGGCAUUGCAGGAAACACAUUUCCGAACGCAUAG